AUGGACAUUUAUACACGGCUGUUCAAAGUGGAAUUCGGAAUUUACGCAUUUCUUUUUAUCACCCAUAUUCCGAUACUACUAGGAGAAGAACAAUCUGAAUGUCCAAGCUUAGCAGAGAAUCCAAUUUGUCCUUGUUACAAUUUUAAAGAAGGAUUAUUCCUCGAGUGUCCAAGUGCAACUCCCGCUGUUGUCAAGAAUGUUUUAUCGAAGAUAAAAGGCACUAUUCAGUCCCUUUCAAUUUAUGACUUAGAGGGCUCUAUAACGGAGUUGAAGUCUGAUAUAUUUCCACCACAUACCAAAAUCAUAAACUUGCAAAUAUCACAAUCAAAUAUUAAUAAAAUUAGCUCCAAUGCCUUUUUUCCUAUUCAAAAUUCAUUACAAACUCUCAGUAUUAUUUCAAGCAAACUAAAUAGAAUUCCCCAUGAAUCUCUUUCUAAACUUCAAAAAAUUGAAGUACUUGAUUUACAACUAAACGAAAUAAAAGAAAUAGAAUCGUACAUUUUCAGAGAUAUUAAGUUGAAAAAAAUUAACCUAAAAUCAAAUAAAUUAAAAACGAUUGCAGAUAAAGCUUUUCAAAACUUAGAAGACGUUGUUUCUGAGUUAGAUUUUACCGAAAAUUUUCUAAAUUUUUUUCCUUUAACGUCUUUAGAAGAGUUAAAACGACUAACUUAUUUAAAACUUGCAUGGAAUAAAAUAAGUUUUAUACCAGAUAAUUUCAAUAACACUAUUACUAAUUUAAUAAGUUUAGAUUUGAACUCAAACUUAUUUACUAAAAUAUUAAAAAAUUGGUUUCAUUGUAUGCCAAAUAUAAAGACAUUAACAUUUUUCGGUAAUCAUAUACAAGAAAUUGACGAAGAAGCAUUUUUCCCCUUAAAGAACUUAGAAAACAUAGAUUUAAGCCGAAACAAGCUCAUUAAUUUAGCAAGAAAUACCUUUCAGAGGAACCUCAAUAUACGUACAAUUGACUUAAGCUAUAAUCAUAUUCAUCAAAUUGAAGGAGUAUUUUCAAACCUUUUACAACUUUCCGAAAUAUUUUUAUCGGAAAACAAUAUUCUAGAAAUACCAUUUAAUGCAUUUCAAAAUACGCAAGGACUAACAGUUCUUAAUUUAGAGCAUAAUGCUUUACAAAAAUUGCAACAUAAUUGUUUUUCUUCUUUAAAAAAUAUUACUCAACUUCAUAUGGGAACAAAUUACUUGAAAAAAAUUCCAAACAAUAUUUUCAAAUACAAUACUAAGCUAGUAACUUUAAGUUUAGAUAAUAAUGAAAUCAUUGAGCUAGAUGAAUUCAUCUUUAGUGAAUUGAUUGAACUGAAGGAAAUUCGAUUACAAAAUAAUAAUAUUAAAUACAUCAAACGCAAUGUUUUUAGUCCAUUACCAGGAUUAUUAGAAUUACAUUUACAAAAUAACAUUAUUCAUACUAUAGAAUCGCAGGCAUUUAUAACUCUUAGAAAACUUCAACAUAUUAAUUUACAAGGCAACCUACUAACAACAAUUGGCGAUAUUUUUCCAAACAGAAAUUCUUCACUAGUGUCUAUACAGCUAAGUGCAAAUGCUUUAAAUUUAUUAAAAAAUAGUUCCCUUGAAGGACAAACAAGUGUACAUAUAAUGUGGCUUACACAAAAUAAUAUAAAGUAUUUAAAUGCUAAUCUUUUCUAUGAUUUGAUUAAUAUUCAGAGAUUAUACUUAAAAAAUAAUUCUAUCAUGCAUAUUGAAAGUAAAACAUUUAGUCGUUUAAAAAGGAUUCGGUUUUUAGAUCUAAGUUAUAACAAACUCACAAAUUUACAUAAUGAGACAUUUUUUAACCUAACAUCCUUAGAAGAAUUGUACUUACAAUAUAACGAAAUAACAUUUAUUUCGAAAGACACGUUUCAAUCCUUAAUAAGAUUGAAAGUUGUUGAUCUAUCUGAAAACAAAAUAAUGGCCUUGGAUUUAGAUCUAUCCUCACUUCCUUUAAAAUACUUCAGAAUUAAUAAUAAUUCUAUAUCGACAAUUGAAAAUGAUUCCUUAAAAACUUUGCCUAACUUAAGUGAUCUAGAAUUGAGCAAUAACUACCUUACUUGGCAAAAUAUGAUUGAAGUUCAAAUACCAGUUUUAAAAUCGUUAGUUAUUUCUAAAAACAAUUUCAGUGUUCUAGAAAAUACAACAUUUUCACAUUUACCUUCACUACAAUCACUGACUAUAGAAAUGUCAAACAUAUCACAGCUACGUCCAGCGACAUUUAAUAAAAAUCAAAACUUACUAAGAAUUAACUUGGCUUUUAACAUGUUGAAGGAUUUACAUAAGGACGUUUUUGCCUAUACAACAAUUUUACAGGAACUUAAUUUAAAAGGCAAUAAAUUUGGCGAAUUUCCACAUGUAGCACUUUUCAAUGUAUCAUCAUUAGAAAUAUUAGAUUUAUGCCUUAAUAAUUUACAGAGUAUCGAUUUUUUUAAAUUUGUAGGUCUACAGAAUUUAAGAACAUUAAAUCUAUGCAAAAAUCGAAUAUCAACUUUAAAUGGUUUCAACUCUCCCGCAUUGAAAAAUUUGGUAGUAUUAAAUUUAAAUAAUAAUAUGUUAACCGUUCUUCCACCAAAUUUUUUCCAACAUUCGUUGGGUUUAAAAGAAAUUGAUUUGUCUCAUAAUCAUUUUAAGCACAUUCCAAGUAAUGGUCUGUCUGAGACUGUAUUACCAGUGCUUACUAUUUUAAACAUGUCAUCUAAUUCACUAGUUCAGUUAUUACAAACAUAUCCAUUAAAAGAAUUUCCAUUACUUGAGGAAUUAAUUGUAACUAACACUAAUUUGACUAUAAUAACAAGUAAAGAUUUUGAAAACUUUCCAUCUUUAAAGAAACUGAUAUUAAUGCAAAAUAAUAUUAUUCGAUUAUCCCCUGGAGCAUUCUCAAAGCUACAUGUUUUGGAAAUCUUAGAUUUAAGUCAAAAUAAACUAGAAAAUAUUCCUCGAGAAAGACUUCAAGGUUUAUAUUCAGCACGCGUAUUAAAUACCUCUCAAAAUAUAUUAAGAGAGCUUGAGGAAUUUACGCCUGAUUUACACAAUUUGCAAAAGUUAGAUAUUUCAUUCAAUCAUUUAACAAGGAUAACCAGAGACAAUUUUCGGAACCUUCAAAGUCUUGUGGAAUUAAAUUUAAGUGGAAAUUGGUUGUCGGCUAUAUCACCAGAUGCAUUCCAUAACUUGCACAAGAUUACACAAAUAGACUUAAGCCGCAAUUAUAUUGAAACCAUCCCAAUGAAAAUGCUGAUAGAUUUAGAGACUCAAAUAAGAUCUUUACUCUUUGAAGAAAAUCCUAUAACAUGUAAUUGUGAAUCCCAAGAACAGUGGAAAUGGAUGCAGGAACACCUUAAAAUAAUUCGAAAAGGUAGCAAAAAUUUAUUUUGUGAACAUCCUGAUGAACUUCAAGGACACCGUUUUACAGAAUUGACACCUCAGAAAUUGUGUGAUGUGCCCAUCGUGAUUCGAGUUGCUAUACAAGAUAUACAAACAUACUCUGUAAUAGUUUCGUGGCAAAGCCGCAAUCAAACUGGUUUAAAUGGAUUUCAAGUGGUUUAUUUCGGAGAACAAAACCCAAAAAGCAUACGAGGCAAAAUCCUUAAUAGUACUGCGCGUUCAACAAUAUUAAAUCACUUAAUACCAGGAACGCGUUAUAAUGUUUGCGUUAUAGCCGUUGGAAAUUUCGGACUCUCUACAGACUCGACGAUACCCGACGCAAGAGUUGCACCACCAAAAGAAAGUUUAAGCAUUACUUUAUUUGGAGAUGAACAACAAAUGAAUCAUGUACGAAUUGCAAUGAACGAUUCGUUAACGACAAAAUGUACGAGUGUGCGUACAAUUGAAAUUUUCGGAGCAGCCUUGGAUAGCCCAUUUUCUAAUACUUACUUAGGAAUCGCUGAUAUAUUAACUAGAAGACUAAGCUUAGUAGUUGGUUGCUGUAUAGGUUUUAUAGUAUUCGUUGUAUUUGUGUCUGCAUUGGGAUACAUAAAAACAAAAAAACGUCCAGUUAUAAUUAAAUCAGAAGUCCAACAAACUCCACAAUAUAUUUCAUAUGAUAAUUUUUCUACAUCUAAUCCUGAUGCUCAAACCACAGAAAUGGAUUUAAAUACAAUAACAAAUAAAGCAAAAUCGCAUACUAAUAAAUCUGAUUAA